AUGUUUCGUCCUGCCCCCCAAUUGCUUUCUGCUUUGGCAUUGGCCGUAUGUGCGCACAUCACCGCUCUCCUGGCGAUGGUCUUUUCGUCUGCAGACUCACGUUUUCGGGUCAUUGCUAUGCUCCUGAUAGUUGUCCUGGUUCGACAAUGUCUCCUUGCCAUAGACGAGCCUUCCGAUAUAGGCGAGUUGUUCCGACUCUACAUGUGCGGCUACGUACUUUACGCAAACGAAUUUGUGCUCCUGAAAAAGCUCACGGUUCCGGCCUCGCCUUCGACCCCACAACGCCUCCUUUCCGGCCUGAGGCUUCUCUUCUCACCGAGAAUCCACGUCUCUAGACAGGCAAUUCCUCCAUUUGACCCCAAGGAACCGAACUAUGUACCGACGCGCUGGAAGUUCUUUUGCCGACAGGCACGCGGUGUCGCUUGGAUGGCUACUGCUUACUACUGCGUUUUUCAUCGCUACCCCUUGCGGGUCCUCAUCACUGACUAUGCUCGACCGAGAGAGCAUCUCCUUCGCCGCUUGUCGCAGGUGAGCGGUCGUGAGGCGAUCGUCAGAGUGUACACUGCAUUCAAGGAGCAUUUCAGAAACUAUCUCUUGAUGUCCCUCGGUCAUAGCACAACCUCUCUUGUCGGCGUGUUCCUGUUUCAGGACGAUCCAGCCGACUGGCCACCAUUGUACGGACGCUUGAGGGAUGCGUACACUGUCCGGAGAUACUACAGCCACUUCUGGCACCGAGUCAUGCGAACUGCAUUUGUCUCGAAUGCGAAGUUCCUGUUGUUUGGCCUCCUGCGCAUUUCUCCUUCGGCCGUAAUAUCCAGGUAUUUGGUUUCUAUUACCGCCCUUGCGAUAUCCGGCACUAUGCAUUCGGUGGCGUUUUCGACUUCUUGGAGGUGUGCGAAUCUUCGGCCGCUGUGGUAUUACCUGUCGAUCGCGGGCGCCAUUCUGGUGGAGGAUCUCGCACACUUAGGAUACAGCAAAUCAAAGGCGUUGCUUUCCGGAAAGGCCCCGACCCCUCAUGCGAACGCAAAUGGUACACAGGCUGUCAGCAAGUUGCCGUUACAUGAUGCAAGAGGGAAACAUCUCGCCGGGUCAGAAGGUGGCCUCGGAUCCUCCCUCCGCGGCCGCAGACCUUCUCCUGCUUGGCGAUAUUUUGGGUAUCUAUGGGUUAUCUCUUUUGAAUGCUGGUCGAUUCCAAGGACGGUCUAUCCACAGAUGAUCUGCAACUGGCAAGACCGUUAUCUGGCAUCAAAUCCCGGGGAGACGCUUUGA